GAUGCUUUGCUGUUGUUUUGUGCGCUGGCAGUUGUUUCCGUGCCAGCUUCGCACAUCCUGCAAAAGGGGGAGGGCCCCUCCGGGCGAGCUGGCUUGGCGGCAGGCACUACUGCUGGAGCGGCCGACCGUUUUCGCCGGGGUCUUGCCACGCGGGCGUGGCAGCCAGUGAGAGCGCCUCAGCCACAGCUGCUGCGUCCACGCCGACACUUGUCGCACGAGCGUCAAAGGAGCGUCCCCGCGCACGCCGGCGUUUUACGUUUUUCCUGCCACAAGCCACCCCUUGAUUUGCGCCGCAGACAUACGUGAUGGCCAGCUCCGGUGGUGCCAAGGUGUGCUGGAUGCUGAUCUGGUUGCUGCUGCUCAUCUUCGUCGCCUUUUGGGUUGCCUCAUUCGCUGCCUUCUGGUACAUCCUAGUGUAUGUGCUGGUGCCCUGCGUACCGGCCGCCAAGGACGUGGCCGCGCUGCUGCACCGCGGCGUGCUGCUGCCGUACUUCUGCUCCGACAACCUGGUCAACGGCAGGGACAUCAACAGCGGCGUCCAGUUCAUAUGCUCUGGAGGCACCGUGCCCACCUGAGCUGUUCGCUUGACGCUCCUACCAUUGGCCACGUACAGAACGCCAGCGGCACGUCGUGUGUGUGUGUGUGUGUCUUCAUCAACCUCCAGAUUCUGACGGGGAGUCUCGCUCCACAGCGCCGGCCGCGCAUCCAGAAAAAGGAAAACGGAAAGGGCACGUUCACUUCGUGCGGCUAUUUAUAAUGCAGUCUUCCAAUGCGGCGCUUUCUCACCGGCGAGAUUCAAGGGCGCUCAACCGUGACAACUGCCUGGAGUGCAAACAAGGGGGUCGCGAAAUUGUGAAAGCGAAAAGGCACUGCUUCAAAAUAUCUCUUCACCCAGUUAAUUAGAGACUAUAUAGUGGCGGCGUCUCGGCGAUGACUGUUUCGGGAUUAAAUUGUCCGGAGCCGGAAAUUUGAGGGCAGCUCGUGUCCUAGUCAAAUAAAGUGCGACGAAAUGUUUA